UUUGCACCUGCAUACAAACUUCCUGUUUUGUAAUUUAGUUUUUCUACUACACGCUAAAUUCGCUCCAACCCACCAUAUGGAAUCUAUAACUAUAAAUCUGUAAUAUCACAUAACAAAAACAUUGGUUUUGAUUUAAUACAGAUUUAAUGGUGUAACCGAGGCAGCCAGACGGUGAUGGGGGUGAACGGGCAACAGAAGGAAGCUCGUUUCUCGUUUGAGGUCUUCCGUUUUGUCCAGGAUAGUAACACAACACUGUCAACUUUCUACCUGCACUGUGUUAGCAGACUCUGUGAGAGAACCGUCUGCAUUUCCUUACGCCAGAACUGCACAGACAACAUCAGGAGCAUAAGGAAAAAGCGGGAGGUUCAGGACACGUCUGUGACCAAUACAGCCACAGUCAGCUCUGGCCAAAUUCACAUUCAACUUCACAGUGUUGGCGAGCAGCCAAGUGGAAAUCAUACAUCUGUGAAGUGGGUAGUUGUAGCAGCAGGGGUCAUUGCUGCACUCUGUAUCUCCAUAGCAGCCUUCAGUGCGUACCGGAUCAUUGUGCCAGACCAAUGGGCCCACUGAAAACUGAACGUUCUACUCUACAAAAGAAAGGUUUGUUAGGCAAAGGUCCUCAACUCUGAGGCUGGCGACGUGGACUACUGUUAGUUAUCCAGUCUACCUGGUAAUUUAUUGUUAUCACCAGGAAGAAAACCAGCAGUACUCUCCAGCUCCUGAAUCCUGGAGUUGAUAAGGUGGGCCAGUGCAGUAGCAACUUGACCAUAUUGUUUUCAUCCAACAAGUUAAAUCAAGCAUACAGGAGAUGGGUUAGGAUUUCUCUUUAGUUGUUGGGACAGAAUGAUUUUUGAAAGUCUGAUGGUCACAUUGAGAUAAAAGGACUUGAAUAUCAAUAUCUGUGUAACCUAAUUUAUGUUAAAUUAAAUUGUUUAUUUCCAUUAAGAUAUUACAAAAGUCUGGUGUUAAACUUAAUGGCUGUUUGUCACAAUAAAAUAACUACAUAUUUAUUGGUGUCUUAGGGCUUUAAUCACUCCUUUAUGUUGGCCAUAAAAUAAUCAUUUAAUAUUUUGCUAUAACUAUGUAUUUUACCUUUCAAUUUCCAAGUCUUUACAAAUAUUGGUGU